GCUCCUACCUGAUGGUGAACUCCUCGCAGCACGCCCCGGGGCAGCGAGCCCACCUCCUCUUCCAGGCACUGAGCGAGAAUGACACCCACUGCCUCCAGUUCAGCUACUUCAUGUACAGCCGGGACGGCCAUAGCCCCGGCACCCUCAGUGCCUACGUGCGGGUGACGGGGGGCCCGGUGGGCAGCGCUGUCUGGAACGCCUCGGGCUCCCACGGCCGCCAGUGGCACCAGGCAGAGUUGGCUGUCAGCUUGUUCUGGCCCAGCGAGUACCAGGUCCUGUUUGAGGCGGUGGUGUCCAGCGAGCGCAGGGGUUAUCUUGGCUUGGAUGACAUUUUGCUCUUGAAUUAUCCAUGCUCGAAAGCGCCCCAUUUCUCACGCCUGGGCGACGUGGAGGUGAAUGCGGGGCAGAACGCCACCUUCCAGUGCGUGGCUGCCGGCAAGGCCGCCGAGGCCGAGCGGUUCCUCAUGCAGAGGCAGAGCGGCGAGGUGGUCCCUGCCACCUCGGUCAAGCACAUCAGCCACCGCCGCUUCCUGGCCACCUUCCAGCUGGACGAGGUGUCCAAGGAGGAGCAGGACCUCUACCGCUGUGUCACCCAGUCCAGCCGCGGCUCCGGCGUCUCCAACUUCGCCGAGCUCAUCGUGAAAGAGCCCCCCACGCCCAUCGCGCCCCCGCAGCUGCUCCGCGCCGGCUCCACCUACCUCAUCAUCCAGCUCAACACCAACUCCAUCAUCGGCGACGGCCCCAUCGUGCGCAAGGAGAUCGAGUACCGCAUGACCUCGGGGCCCUGGUCGGAGGUGCACGCUGUCAACAUGCAGACGUACAAGCUCUGGCACUUGGAUCCCGACACCGAGUACGAGAUCAGCGUCCUGCUCACCCGGCCCGGCGAGGGGGGCACGGGCAAACCGGGACCACCCCUCAUCAGCCGCACCAAGUGUGCAGAGCCCAUGCGGGCCCCCAAAGGCUUGGCUUUCUCCGAAAUCCAGUCGAGGCAGCUGACGCUGCAGUGGGAGCCACUGGGUUACAACCUGACCCGCUGUCACACCUACACCGUCUCGCUCUGCUACCGCUACUUUGUGGGCACCGGCCACAACCAGACCUUCCGGGAGUGCGUGAAGAUGGAGCGCAACGCCAACCGCUACACCGUCAAAAACCUGCUGCCCUACAAGAACAUCCACGUCAAGCUCAUCCUCUCCAACCCCGAGGGCCGCAAGGAGGGCAAGGAGGUGAUCUUCCAGACAGAUGAGGAUG